GAACAGUCCAAGCGCCGGACACAUUUGUCCGGCCGCGAGAUGCGGAUUGAGUGGUGUGUCAUUCUGCUACGCCGUGAGUUACGCACCGGCCGCCCUCACGGAGAUAAUGCCAUCCAGCGUGCCAUUGAUUAACUUGGCACGUGGAUGUUCUGCACUAUCAAACGGGCGCGCCAUUCGUCUGGUACCCCUGAGACUAGACAGAACCGUCUUAUUUAUCUGGGUCCAUCGCCCUCGUGGCUCGCCACGCGGGAGUGACACCGCUCCUACGACCCCGAAUCCACCGAUCGCGACUAUCAGGUCUCCUCAGCGACCAUGGCCUCCACAGGCACCGAUCCGCUCUUCGUCGAGGCAUGCAUCUAUCUCGGCAUCAGCAUAAUCGUCAUCGGCUUUCGAACCUUCUGCCGGACCAAGCAGGGAGGCUUCCGCAACCUCCAGGCCGAUGACUACCUAAUGCUGAUCCUCAUCAUCCCCCUCAGCGGGGAGACCUUCCUGGGCUACACCGUCGGCACAUGGUAUCAUGGUCUCACCAACAGCGGCAUGACCGACGAGCAGCGCGCUGCACUGUCGCCCGAUAGCGACGAGUAUAAAUGGAGAGUUGGCGGCUCCAAAAACCAGGUCAUCGGCUGGUCUGUAUACACGACGGUCAUGUGGAUUAUCAAGGCAUCCAUGUGCGCUUUCUACCUACGCUUAACGGCUGGCUUGAUGCGUUAUAAGACCAGAGUAUAUCUGGGCUUUGCGUUUAUUGUUGUCUCUUACAUCAUGGCCAUGUGUUGCAUACUAUUUAGUUGCCAGCCCAUGCACAAGCUAUGGCAAAUUAAUCCAUACCCAGGAAAUCUUUGCACACCUGCCGUCAAUAAGCUCAAUGUUUACAUGAUUAUGUUUCUGAAUCUAUUCACGGACAUUUAUCUGAUUAUGAUUCCAAUCCCCAUGCUCUUGGGAGCCCAAAUCGCCCGUGCCAGAAAAGCUGGUCUUGUCGUCAUAUUCUCUGGUGGCAUCUUCGUCAUUGUUGCCGGCCUGCUUCGCUCCAUUUUUAUACUCCAGAGCCCCAUCACAGGACCAAGACAAGCGGCUACCUGGGCAGUACGAGAGACAUUCGUUGCCGUUAUUACAUCGAACCUACCUUUGACUUGGGGUUGGAUGCGACAGAAGCUGAAGCCCCUAUUUGGCUCGCUCAUCUCCUCGGAUAAGUCACAGUACAAGACUGGCCCAGAACCGGGCAGCAUCAUGCUGGGUGAUCGAGGUGACCGAAGGACUUGGCGGAGCCAGCAAAGACCUUCGACCCGGACUACUAUCACGAGCUCCAAGAAUGAUGUUUUCAUUCAUGCCGAUGAGGCAAGCUCUGAUCAGAUCAACCCCCCGACUAAAACAUUCAACGGAAUCACAAAGGAGGUGGAGUUUGAGGUUUCGUCAUCGGCUGUGCCUGAUUCAGGGUAUCCCUUCAACAGUAGCAGUGUAGCGUCCUCGGAGUCACAUGCUCCACACUCUCCUCAUCGCUAG